UAAGAAUUGGAAGCCUAUUUGGACAGGGGACAACGGAUACGAAAAGUUUGAAGUGUAUGGACACCCAACUAAUCAUGUGGUGGACUUAGGAAAAAGACUAUGCACUUGCCAAUUUUGGAUGCUUACAGGUUAUUUGCAUUGCUAUAAUGAUUGUUUUUGUGCUAUAGUAAUAAUCUGACUAAUGAUAUAUGACUAAAACCCAUGGUUGUUGUGGCUGUUUUUUGUAUGCAGGUAUUCCUUGUGUGCAUGCAUGUGCUGUACUGUCUCGGGUUAACAAGCCACCAGAAGACUUUUGUCACCGCUUGCUAACAAUGGAGUCAUACAGGGAAACAUAUAAUUAUCAUAUUAAUCCAAUUCCUGGACAACCAUUAUGGGAGCAUGCAGAAGAAUGUAACAGGCCACAUGCACCAAAAAUAAAGAGGAAACCUGGAAAACUACAGAUGAAAAGACGGAUGGAUGCUGAUGAGAAGGGUGGUGGAGGAUCUAAAAAGUCUAAAGUUGAUUCCAAGCCUCAGAGUAACAAUGGAGAUAAUGUUCAUCUAAAGAGACAGUUGGGCCCCUUUACUUGCAGUUUUUGUGGUGAUAAAGGACAUACAAAGAGAGGUUGUAAGAAGAAGAGAGCUUGUGAUGCUGCUGCAGCUGCUACAGUUGCUGCUGCUGCUGCUGAGGCUAAUAAGAAGAAGAAAAAUGAAGGAGGUGCCCCUGCAUCUGAGCAGCAACUUCAGCAGCCUCAAGAUGAUGGUAACCAACGUGAUGGAAAAGAUAAUUCUCUUGUGCAGUCUACUGAGAUUGGCCAAGCCACUUCUAAUGCACAACCUGUAGAGAUAGAUAUAUCUCAGCCAACUGCUUCUGAUGUAGAAGAUUCUCAAAAGGAUCAUGGAAUAAAAAGGCCUUCAAAAUUAUCACCAAGGAGAAGAUCCUCUCCACUAGCAACUUCUGUUCCAGUGAAUCCCAUGCAGGGUGCUAGUUCAGGAACUGCAACAAGACUUGUCAAUUACAUGAAGUUCAUCCCAACUCCAGGAUUUAAGGCUCCAAGAAAGAAGAAUUGAAGACUUUAGCUUAAUAUGUAUAGGACUAUCUGUUUUAAUGUUAAUACUUUUUGCUAGACAAAGACUAUACAAGGAAAAAACAAUCCUUUAUGUUUUGCUGUAAAGUCCUCCCUUUUGAGGCAACUUUGUUUAACAUGCUCAUGUUAGAUGGCUGCCCUUUGUGUUAUGUGACUAACUGUGUUAAGUUGAACCAUUA